CAGAAAACAAACCUCCAUCCUUUAUUUGCAUUUUUCGAAGAAUGUGAAAAGGGGAAGCCGAUUCAAAACAGCUCUUCCCAAAAGUGACACUACCCAGUUCUUGCACAACCCAUAGCUGCCAGAGAAAGUCUUGAAGACCAGCCACCCUGAGAAACCUCACAGCUUUUCUGUCAUUCGAGGUCCUCUGCACCCGUUCUCUAAUACUGUUCACUGAUUCAGACUUUCCAGUUAGGUGCCCCAGCUCCCCUCUCCGCUUCUCGGGUUUGAUCUUUCUCCACCCAUUCACCUGCUUCUGCAAAGGGGCUAAAGCCCAUUCUCCUCAGAGGGCAGGGGUGUGAUUAUCUGAUCAUCAAGGAGAUUGGCUCCUGGCACGUGGCAGGUGUCCCCAAACUGCCACCUUCCUUUCCCACCCUCCUUUCCCUCCCAUCUCUGCUCAGUACCUGGACGGUAACUCUAGGAAUUAUGGUUCAGGGAGGCCUUGAUCUCCCCAUCAAUCCACUUUGUCCCUGGUUUGAUUCUCGUGAGCACCAUUAACUUUUCUGGAGGAAGGUGAGGCUUUAAGAACUGUUUAAAGGCCAGGCAUGGUGGAUCACGCCUGUAAUCACAGCACUCUGGGAGGCCAAGGUGGGCAGAUCACCUGAGGUCAGGAGUUCAAGACCAGCCUAGCCAACAUGGCAAAAUCCUGUCUCUACCAAAAAUACAAAAAUUAGCUGGGCCUGGUGGUUCACACCUGUAAUCUCAGCUACUUGGGAGGCUGAGGCAGGAGAGUCGCUUGAACCUGGGAGGUGGAGGUAGUGGUGAGCCGAGAUCACGCCACUGCACUCCAGCCUGGGCAACAGAGUGAGACUCCGUCUCAAAACAACAACAACAAAAACUGUUUAAAUGAGACAGGGAGGGUGUUGGGGUGUCUGUGCCCAAAAUGAGGUCUGAUGUCAUUCAACCCUUUCUUCAUUCAUUCGGCACACAGAUACUGAGCACCUGGAAAUGCACCCAGUACAGAGCCAGUUGUUAGGACAAAAAAAGAUAAGGCAUAGGACCAACCUUGGGGAUCUCUAGUCUAGGGCUGCCAAGGGUUUUUAAGGCAAGAUCCCCUGGAGGGAGCUGAGGCAGUCUUAAGCCUGAAGGGCCUGGCUCAAGCUCCCUGGCAACCAUCGAGCGUCUUCCCCUUCCCACCCUGUCCCUCAGCACAGCUGCUGACAUAAACCUACUACAUGGCUGAUUGACCAUGAGAUGUGGCCAUCAAUAGACAUUGCUGAGGCGUGAAGAGCAGGUGAAGAGCAGGUGGCCAGGAAGCUGGGGGGCCAGGACUCCAGACGCAGGCCGCCUUCCACAACCCCAGCUCUCACAGUCCUCCCAGGGUCCAGACAAUGGAUCGUGCAUUUAGGUUCCCAAACACCUGCUGUGCAACCUGUAGUAGACAAAGCAGACCAAAGCCUUUGCCCUCAGGAGGCCGGCAUUCUAGCUCAGGAGCCAGCCAAGACGAUGUCGAUGUCGCACUGAAGAAAGACAACAGAAGUGAGAUUCACAGGAGGGAUCGGUGUGGCUGAGGCACCCGGGAAGGCCCUCGGAGGAGGUGACCUUGGGCAAAGAUCCAGACGCCAGGUGGGUGGGGCCAAAGCAGAGAAGAUCUGGAAAACCCAACGGCUCCCCGGGGCUUCGCUCUUGCUGUAGGAGGGGAAGCCGCAUUGCUGUGGAUUCUUCCUUCAUUCUGUCCAUUUCUCAGUUCCCAACAACACACUGAACAGUAGGAAGCCAGUUCUCCGCUCACAGUGGGCGCUGCACCCCAGGUGUGGCCCUCGAGAAAAAGGCAAGCAUGGACCAAUUUAGUGGCUCCGAGGUAUGAAAAGCAGUGAGAUGGUGUCUUUGAGGGAGUUAGUGAUAGGCUGAGACCCCCUUACUGUUCCCCCUGAAGCCUGGUGACCGGAGCUGCCAGGAGGCCACACAGAGAGAGGUUUAUGAUGGGGGACCUGGAAUUCAGAAGGGGCAGAGUGGUCAGGUGACCCACAUAUGCCUGAGAAAACUGAUGUGGAGAGGCUGUAUUGUCAUUUGGAGGUAGGAAACAGAGACAGACAGACAGACAGACAGACACGGGCACAGUGAGAGACAGACAGAAUCACACAGCAGAGCUGGCUUCUCACCGGCAGGCAUGGGCACACCUGAGAGAGCGUCCAGAGGGGUUAGAAAUCUUCCUUAGGUCCUCCUGGGAGGCUCAGGUGACCCCAGUGGGAAACAUGAAAGGCUGGGAGGAUUCCCAGGGCUGAGAGAAGGAAGCUACGCAGCCAGCCGGUGCCACAUUCCCUGUGCCUCAGGAAGUGCCCCCCAAUGUCCCCAGCCAUGCACCCUGGGGGGAGUCAGCUUGGACAUCUGUGCCACCCCUUGACAGGCAGAGUGAGGGCUACAACCUGGGUCUUCCAGUGCCAGGCAGCAGAGGCUGCCCCCGUCCCUUGCCUUCCUCCUCCCGCUCCUUCCUCCAGCCCUAGGAAGGUCGGAAGCUACCACCUUGGAGCUAGAGGGGAAGCAGAGGGAGAACAGAGGGUCCCUCCUCGCAAAAACUAAAACAAGCCCACAGCCUGUGCAGAACCACACCUGGGUGUGAUCACUCCUUACCCCACACACCCACUGCCACUUGGAGAUGGCUUCAUGGCUGCAGUCCCAGGGCACCCUGUGUUGUCAGGGGUGAGCCAGCGAGGCCCGGGGCCUGCCCAGGGGUGCAUCGAGGGUGGAGAAGACCUGGCCCCAGCGCAGGUAUGAACAGGCAGGAGGGCUAGGGAGGGAAUAGCUCUGGGUUGUGGCCGAGCCCCCGAGCCCUGCUCUUGAGAGGCACUGGCUACACACCUGGCCCCUACCCAGAUAGGACCCCGAUUCCUCCCUGGCCCCUCUGUGUUCCUGCAUCUUCCCAGCCCCUCACCUCCUCCGGUGUGGCCUCACCUCCAGUCAGGAUGCCCCAUUAGCUGCUCACCCAAGCUGCUAGAACCUCAGGCUAAUGGCCCUGCCACCUGCCCUCCUCCCCUUCCGGCUCACUGCCCAUUCCGGGCAUCCUCCGUCAGCCCGCUGAGGGGACUGCUGAGCCUCAGAGACAUCUGGCAGCACCGGAGAGUCUCAGAAAUCGAGAAGCCUUCUUCCUCUGGGACCUGCGCACCACAUCCUAUCUCCUGUGACACUGCAGGAGCUUCCCUGGUUUUAAGAGGUGAUAUGGUGGAGAGAAAGCACAGGUCUGGGGGCCACAGGUCCUGGCUUCUCAUCCAGGCUCCGCUGCUCCCUGACUGCUGCCUUUCUCUGUGGGCCUCCGUUUCCUCUGUGAUCCCACCAGGCGAAUUGUAAUCCUCCACACAGGGCUGGAACCCGCGACUGAUCUCAGGAACCCCUCCUCUCCGGGGCCCCAAGAUCUGAGGACAGGGAGCCAGUUGCACACAGGAGCCGUGCAGGCCAGGACGGCGGCCCCAUGGACCUGCCCCCGCAGCUCUCCUUCGGCCUCUAUGUGGCCGCCUUUGCGCUGGGCUUCCCGCUCAACGUCCUGGCCAUCCGAGGCGCGACGGCCCACGCCCGGCUCCGUCUCACCCCUAGCCUGGUUUACGCCCUGAACCUGGGCUGCUCCGACCUGCUGCUGACAGUCUCCCUGCCCCUGAAGGCGGUGGAGGCGCUAGCCUCGGGGGCCUGGCCUCUGCCGGCCUCGCUGUGCCCCGUCUUCGCGGUGGCCCACUUCUUUCCACUCUAUGCCGGCGGGGGCUUCCUGGCCGCCCUGAGUGCAGGCCGCUACCUGGGAGCAGCCUUCCCCUUGGGCUACCAAGCCUUCCGGAGGCCGUGCUAUUCCUGGGGGGUGUGCGCGGCCAUCUGGGCCCUCGUCCUGUGUCACCUGGGUCUGGUCUUUGUGUUGGAGGCUCCGGGAGGCUGGCUGGACCACAGCAACACUUCCCUGGGCAUCAACACACCGGUCAACGGCUCUCCGGUCUGCCUGGAGGCCUGGGACCCGGCCUCUGCCGGCCCGGCCCGCUUCAGCCUCUCUCUCCUGCUCUUUUUUCUGCCCUUGGCCAUCACAGCCUUCUGCUACGUGGGCUGCCUCCGGGCACUGGCCCACUCCGGCCUGACGCACAGGCGGAAGCUGAGGGCCGCCUGGGUGGCCGGCGGGGCCCUCCUCACGCUGCUGCUCUGCGUGGGACCCUACAACGCCUCCAACGUGGCCAACUUCCUGUACCCCAAUCUGGGAGGCUCCUGGCGGAAGCUGGGGCUCAUCACGGGUGCCUGGAGUGUGGUGCUUAAUCCGCUGGUGACCGGUUACUUGGGAAGGGGUCCUGGCCUGAAGACAGUGUGUGCGGCAAGAACGCAAGGGGGCAAGUCCCAGAAGUAACGCCAUUGCUCGGGGGAAGGAGCAUGGGGCAGGAGGGCCCGGCUGCUUCUCCAGGCCCCUGUGCGGGGCUGCUUCAGAGGAACUGCAGGGCAGCCUGGCCCGGAGGCCUCCGUGGAGCCACUCAAGCGGAGAGCGGUGCCUGCUGAGGGCAGCACCCCAGUCAAGAGAGGAGCACAGAGCCAGAGCAAGCUGGCAGGGGGAGGAACUGCCACUCCGGGGAUGCACUUGAGGACACGCUACUCUGAAAUCAGUUCCCAGGAGAGAACAUUUGAUUUCCGAGUACGAGAGGAGGCAGGAGGCAGGAUAAUGAUGCUGUUAUACCACGUGAAACUCGCAAGGGGGCAGCCUUGGAGCUUGGAACGGAGGCUGGCAGGAAAAGAUGCUUCAGCCGGGGAGGGAAAAUGCAAGGUUCCGCAGUGAUGCGCAAAGGCCACGCAGUUGACUCUUGAACAACGUGGGGAUGGGGUGCCGGAUCCCCACGCAGUGGAAAAUCUGUGCAUGACUUUGACUCCCCCAAAGUUCAACUACUAAUAGCCUACUGUUGACCAAA